GCGGCGCGGCGCGGGCGGUGCCGGGCGGGCGCGGGGCAGCGCGGAGCGGCCAGGCUGGGCUCGCCUGGGCUCGGCACGGCUCCGCCCGGCCCGGCUGGGCUCGCCUGGGCUCGGCACGGCUCCGCCCGGCCCGGCUCGGGCCGCCUGCAUGCGGCGGCGGCGGCGGCGGGGCUGCCGGGAGGGAUGAACGGCUCCUCGGCGGGGCUCCCGGCGGGGCUCGGCGGCUCGCUGGGGCUCCCGGCGGGGAUGAACGGCUCGCUGGGGGUUCCCGGAGGGAUGAACGGCUCGCUGGGGGUUCCCGGAGGGAUGAACGGCUCGCUGGGGGUUCCCGGAGGGAUGAACGGCUCCUCGGCGGCGGGGCUGCUGGCGGGGGCCGGGGGCGCGGCGCUGGAGCUGGAGCGGGCGCUGCGCUGCUGCACCGCCGCCUCCGUGGUGACCGACGGCAGCGGCGCGGCGGCGGACGAGCGCAGCGUGUACAUCAUGCGCGUGGUGCAGAUCGCCGUCAUGUGCGUGCUGGCCCUCACCGUGGUGUUCGGCAUCUUCUUCCUCGGCUGCAACCUCCUCAUCAAGUCCGAGGGCAUGAUCAACUUUCUGGUCAAGGACCGCCGCCCGUCCAAGGAGGUGGAGGCGGUGGUGGUGGGGCCGUACUGACCGCAGCGCUGACCCCGGGCUGGCCGCCCGCAGCCCUCCCGCGGACACCGGGCUCGGCUUGGAGCCUUUCCUCAUGAAGAACACCGGGCGGAUGGAUGCCGGCAGCCCGGAGCUCGGGAGACGCUCGGGGUGGCCGGAGCCGCCCGGCCCGGCCCCGUCCCACCGCCCGCGGCUGCCGAAGUAAAGCGUGCUGUGAUGGCAA